UUAGUGUCAUAUUCACGUCAGUAUUGUUUUACUCGACGCAGGCUAUGCCUAUGUAAUUGCCAGAAGAGAUGUUCGAUCUGAGCGCCGACCACCGGCUGCUUUUGGGGGAAAAGUUCAAAUUGAAUGAGAUUUAAAACCAGCGGAAACCCGAGAGAUGUCUGGAAACAUCACCCACGGCGCCUGCGAGAGCAUCAACCUGAAUUUUACGCACACCUUUUUGCCGCCCGUGUUCAUCACUGUGUUCGUCGUCGGGACGCUGUCCAACAUCUGGGGGCUGAGAAGCGUGUGCACCAGCUGGAACAACAUCGGAAACAUCAACAUCUUCAUGCUCAACCUCGGGGUGGCGGACCUGCUGUACCUGUUCACCCUGCCGUUCCUCAUGCACUAUUACGUGCGUAACAGCCACUGGCAGUUCGGCCAGCCUUUCUGCAAGGUGACCCGCUUCUGCUUCAACCUCAACCUCUACGGCAGCAUCGGCUUCCUCACCUGCAUCAGCAUCUACAGGUAUCUGGGCAUCGUGCACCCCAUGAGAGUGAUGGGAAAAAUCACCAGCCACCACUCGCUGGCCAUAAGCGCCCUGGUCUGGCUUGUCGUCAUUAUUCAGAUCCUUCCUGAUAUGUUCUUCGACAAGAAUGAUCUAAAAUUGCCAAACUCGUGUUUCGACACCACCUCGAACGACCUGAUCAGGAGCUACCUGCCUUACAGCGUAGGCUGGACUGUAACAGGGUUUGCCAUACCACUGAUUAUCAUUGUGGUCUGUUAUGGACACGUCGUUGUGGUUCUUGCCAAAAAAGCCAACGUCAACCCUCUGCUGAAGCAGCGGUGUUUGAAACUGGUCGUGAUUCUGGUGUUACUGUUCUCCAUCUGUUUUAUCCCCUACCACGUGUUUCGAAUUGUUAAUCUGAAAACCAGGAUUUUGAAACAAAAUGGGAUUUGCCACGCCAGCUUCCGCGACAUCUACAUUGCGCAUCAGGUCGGCAGAUGCCUGGCUUGUCUAAACAGCGCAAUAAACCCGCUGAUUUAUAUAGUUGGAAAUGAUGAUUUCCUCAUGAAGCUUCAUAACUUCAGUAAGCGGGCUCGGCUGUCUCUGUCAGGCCUGACAGGCGUACUGCUUUACCGCAAACCUAUGGAAGCGGACGCGGAUUCGCCGUCAGAGACUCGCGUUGACUCCGACUUGAAAGGAUAAGACGCACAAUCGGUUCACCCGAGAUACACUUCCGUGCUGUGACCGAGUCCCUGCAUAUCAUGCCCCGCCAGAACUUCCACAUUUCCGGGAACAAAGUGCAGUAAUGACCGAUUACUCGCAAGAUAUUAAGCCUAUUAUCUAGCAAUCAUCAGGUCACCAAGGUGUCAGCGCAGAGAGAGAAUCAAAUGUCCUGCUUGAGAAUUUUCUUAUAACAAUAGACAGAACUUGCUAUUUGCAGCUGAGGCUCAUGUUGUCAUUUACUGUACAUAUUUAUUGCCUCAAGCAUUCAGUAUUGUGCCAAGGUGCUGUUGCACUUUCUGUGUAUUAUUGUGUUUGUGUGCUUCAAAGUGGAUUUCCUGUGAUUAACUUCCUACUGUACAGUGCAGGAAAAGUCCAACCCGUGUAUUUUGCUUAAGCAUUGCCAGGAACUUGUUUAUAAUUUGCGAUAUAUUGCACUGCCAUUGCACUAUUACAAGUCAAGGAUUUGAUUGGUAAUGGUUUGUAUUUUCCAUUUUUUAUGUAACUGAUCCUUAAAGGGUUUUAAACAGAGGCACAUAUUUCAUUAAACUCUCAGAGCGACCAUUC